CCCCCACCAAGCCAGCACACACAUCCACCCAACUUCUGCACAAAAUUUGCCCAAGACGUGACUUGACAGCUCAAGUUCACAGCAUCGCAUUAUGGCUGAUCCCACCCCCAAAAAGGAAACCGAUGCGCCUACAUCUUCUGCAAGUUCAGAAGCCGAUAUCCUGGAUCUCAAGGACGAUGAAGGAUGGGAAGAUGCCGAGCCAGAGGAAGAUACUACUCAAUUCAUCUCCUUGAUGGAUGAUGAAGUUUUUUCGGAUAUCAAUCAGAUGCUCAAACAUUGCAAAGAAAAGCACAAUUUGGAUUUCCUUGAUCUUAGACAAAAGUUGGCUUUAGAUUUUUAUGGCAACAUCAAAUUGGUCAAUUUUAUUCGAUCACAGGUUCACGAUGGAAAAUCUAUCCCACAGGAUCUGUCGAGAAAAGAUUUUGAAGACGAAAAGUUCUUGAAGCCUAUUUUGGAGGAUGAUGCUGUCCUCUUUAGCCUCGACGACCUCCCUGAAGUUGCAGGCGCAGAGGAUUCCGAGGAAAAUGACAAGGCCAAGAGAAUGGAAAAGGAUCCUGGUGCUCUUGUGGCUCGUGUUUCUGAGUUGGAAGACGAGUUGCGAAGAGUCCAACUUCAAUUUGAGAGUUAUCAAAAUACUGUCAAGGAGACCCUGGAUAAGAAGUGGGAAGACAAGAACGGAUCUGAGAAAGAAGAGACGGAAGAAAAGAGAGAUGAUGAUAGCCAUUACUUUAGCUCUUACUCGUACAAUGGUAAGUGUCAAUUUUCAGAGAGAAUCGGGUUUACUAACAAAAACAGAUAUUCACGAGACCAUGCUAAAAGACACCAUUCGCACCGACGCUUACCGAGAUUUCAUCUACAACAACAAAGAUCUCUUCGCUGGCAAAGUUGUCCUUGACGUGGGAUGUGGUACGGGAAUUCUCAGCAUGUUCUGUGCCAAAGCAGGAGCAUCUCGCGUAAUUUCUGUGGACAAUUCAGCCAUAAUCGACAAGGCCCGUGAAAACAUUUUCAAUAACGGCUUUGCGGAUAAAAUCACCUGUCUUCGUGGUAAAAUCGAAGAAGUGAAAUUACCCGUUGAUAAAGUCGACAUCAUUGUCUCCGAAUGGAUGGGCUACUGCCUUCUCUACGAGGCUAUGUUUGACAGUGUCAUUUGGGCCCGAGACAAGUAUCUCCAACCUGAUGGAUUGAUGGUCCCAAGUCACAUAAAUAUGUGGGUGGCACCAGUUGCGGACCCCGAUUACAUCUCUGAUCACAUUGCUUUCUGGAGAGAUGUCUAUGGAUUCGACAUGAAAUCUAUGCAAGCAGGUAUCCACGAAGAUGCACAAGUUCUUGAUAUGCCCGCUAGCACUCUCUGCUCCGAACCAUUCCCAUUCUUACAGCUCAGCUUACACACCACCACCGUCAAAGACUUGGUCUUCAAAAGAAAAUGGGAGGCCAAGUUAACUAAAGAUAUCGAUGCCCUCGACGGCUUCAUCAUCUGGUUUGACUCUUUCUUCAUGCGAACAAGACAGGAGGUCGUGCCUGAGAAUGCAAAGGCCGAAGAAUGGGCCGCGUCAGGCAAGAAAGGUAACGCGUUUACCACGGGUCCAGGCGGGAAGGUCACUCAUUGGAAGCAAGGCGUGAUGCUCAUUGAUAGCACCAAAGAGAAGGCCGAGUCCACUGCGAUGAAGGCAGGAGAGCAGCUGAGUGGAGAGCUCGAAUAUGCAGUUCCGGAGGAUAACUCGAGAGCGUUGAAUGUGAGCAUGACCUGGAAGUCAGCAAGCGAUGAAAAAGAGGAGAGUCAAUCGUGGAAAAUGCGAUGAUGGAGGAUCUUUCAAGGUCGCUUGUGUGACAGGUACGUCCGUCUACUUACUGUAGUUGUUAGUAGUUCGCGUAUUAGGAUCUCGAGUACGAAAGCCAAUGAGAAAAAAAUAGAGAACUAAAAGAAGUAAAACCAUACCCG